GCUCCCAGCAUGUCCUUAAACUCACACAGACCCCAAAACACCCAUGGUCUCUCCUUUGACCCCACAGCCCCACUUGACAUGGUUUCUCUCUCCUCCUCAGUCUCAGCUUAUAUACCCUUGCACAACCUUUCAAUCGACCCACACCACCUUCACCUUUCCUUUCUCGCUUCUCUGAUUAUCGCCUACUUGCUUCCUUCCUGGUCUUCGACGUCUCACCCGAAGAAAAUGGCUCUCGGGAAAUCAAAUAAACUAUCUCAAGCAGCAGUUCUUAAGCAAAUUCUCAAGAGAUGCUCCAGCUUGGGAAAGAAGCAAGGUUAUGACCAAGAGGGGCUUCCACUUGAUGUUCCGAAAGGCCACUUUGCAGUAUACGUUGGUGAAAAUAGAACAAGAUACAUUGUCCCGAUCUCCUUCUUGACACGUCCUGAGUUUCAAAGCUUGCUUCAGCAAGCCGAGGAAGAGUUCGGUUUCGAUCACGAGAUGGGCCUCACAAUUCCAUGUGAAGAAGUUGUUUUUCAGUCUUUAACGUCCAUGCUCAGAUGAAACGAAGUUUGGGGGAUGGGAUUGGGUUUGAGUGAGAAAAUGGAUAAAGAGGAAGCUGCUUCAUUGCUUCUCUUCCCUUUUUUUCACCUAUUUUUCUCUUUCUCUCUCUUUUUAUUUUAUUUUAUUUUCUUGGGUUUCUCUUAUAUUAAUUCUAACCCAGAACCCAUGAGCAUUUUUUUGGGUUUAGAUUUUUGUACAUCUCAAAGUUUGAAAUUUUCCUCACGGUGGUGUGGGGUUGUACCCUGUGAGAGAAGUGGACUAAUGUUAAGGAUAUUUGGGGCUGCUGGUCCUUUCUUUUAA